UUGUCAGAACGUUCCUUCUUAAGGUUGGAUCACUAAAGAUGUUCUAAAAAUGUCUGGUGACAACACUUAGAAUGUUGUGGCUUAAUGUUCUAAGAACUGACUGUUACACUGAGAACGUUCUUCCUCUGUUAUCACAUAACACUGUAGGAACAUUUCAUUGAUUCUAUGGUGAGUUCUUCAGCAACCUUUCAGAACCUUACAGCCAAAAUGUUCCAGCUUUAAUGCAUCACAUCACAGGAACAUUUAAUACAGAACGUUCUGUCCUCUGAGGCCUUGAUAGCGUCUGGAGAACGUUUAUUGAAUGUUGCAUUGAGAACGUCCUUUCUGUGUCAUCAUAGAAGAACGCUCUAUAACGUGUUCCAGAACGUUCCACCUCACUGCUGCUGUAUUCUGCAUCAUGUUAUAUCAGACUGUAUAUGAAUGUAGGAAUAUUAGAACAUACACACUAGAACCCAGUUUUAAAAAUGAAAUGUAUAGAACACAGUGGAACCACAGAUGUCAGAACUAAAGAUAGUUCUACAGAACAUCCUCCAGGAACCUUUGACUUAUUCAGGAACCUGCUCUGUCAACGUUCUACAGGAACCCCAUAAACAUGCAAAGUUCCUCACAGCUCUCCUGUUCCCAAGAGAACAGCCUGUUUUAUCUGGUUCUUUAAAGGUUCCUCGUGUUUGUUGGAGUUCUUUGGUUUGGUGGUUGGUAACGCUCUAUUCUGAAUUAAUCACUUGGUCAUUAGAACAUCAGAAAACAGAAACAUGUUCUUCACAGUUUCACAAACUGGCAUCUUAGAACAUGACAUUCUGUCUGAAGAACCCAAAAUAUUAUACAUGUUUUCAUGAAGGUACCCAAAAAUGCAGCAGAUUCUCAUAUUUACUUAGAAGUUCUUAAAAUCAGUGGAUCCCCAAGUCCACUGAAGGUUCUAGGUUCCAUGUUCCACCUCUCGUCUGUAACUGAAUGAACAAUCACAUCAAUGAUUUGGUUUUAAAGGACCAUUCUUGGAUGCUUUUUAAAGAACGUUUACUGAAAUGGUUCUUUAUGGAACCAACAUUGGUUCUUCUGUGACGUCAGAGUGAUGAAGGUUCUUCUAGUGUUGGUUCCAGUGUUCUCCAGUGUUUUCCAGUGUUGGUUCCACAGUUCUUCAGUGUUCUCCUGUGUUCUCCAGUGUUUGCCAGUGUUGGUUACACUGCACUCCAGUGUUCUCCAGUUUUCUCCUGUGUUCUUUAGUGUUCUCCAGUGUUGGUUCCACUGUUCUUCAGUGUUCUCCUGUGUUCUCCAGUGUUUGCCAGUGUUGGUUACACUGUACUCCAGUGUUCUCCAGUGUUCUCCUGUGUUCUUCAGUGUUCUCCAAUGUUGAUUCCACUGUUCUCCAGUGUUCUUCAGUGUUCUCCAGUGUUCUCCAGUGUUCUCCAGCAUUCUCCUGUGUUCUCCAGUGUUCUCCAUUGUCCUCCAGCAUUCUCCAGUGUUUUCCAGUGUUGGUUCCACUGUUCUCCAGUGUUCUCCUGUGUUCUCCAGUGUUCUCCUGUGUUCUCCUAUGUUCUCCUGUGUUCUCCAACGUUUUCCAGUGUUGGUUCCACUGUUCUUCAGUGUUCUCCUGUGUUCUCCAGUGUUCUCCUGUGUUGAUUCCAAUGUUCUCCUCCAGUGUUCUCCUCCAGUGUUCUCCCGUGUUGUUCUGUGUUCUCCUGUGUUCUCCAGUGUUCUCCUGUGUUGAUUCCAGUGUUCUCCUCCAGUGUUCUCCCGUGUUGUUCUGUGUUCUCCUGUGUAUUCCAGUGUUCUCCUCCAGUGUUCUCCUCCAGUGUUCUCCUCCAGUGUUCUCCCAUGUUGUUCUGUGUUCUCCAGUGCUCUCCUGUGUUCUCCUGUGUUUUCCUCCAGUGUCCUCCAGUGUUCUCCUCCAGUGUUGUCCUGUGUUCUCCUCCAGUGUUCUCCUCCAGUGUUCUCCAGUGUUCUCCAGUGUUAUCCUGUGGUCUCCAGUGUUCUCCUGUGUUCUUCAGCGUUCUCCAGCAUUCUCCUGUGUUCUCCAGUGUUCUCCCAUGUUGUUCUGUGUUCUCCAGUGCUCUCCUGUGUUCUCCUGUGUUUUCCUCCAGUGUCCUCCAGUGUUCUCCUCCAGUGUUGUCCUGUGUUCUCCUCCAGUGUUCUCCUCCAGUGUUCUCCAGUGUUCUCCAGUGUUAUCCUGUGGUCUCCAGUGUUCUCCUGUGUUCUUCAGCGUUCUCCAGCAUUCUCCUGUGUUCUCCUGUGUUCUCCUGUGUUGAUUCCAAUGUUCUCCUCCAGUGUUCUCCUCCAGUGUUCUCCCGUGUUGUUCUGUGUUCUCCUGUGUUCUCCUGUGUUCUCCAGUGUUCUCCUGUGUUGAUUCCAGUGUUCUCCUCCAGUGUUCUCCCGUGUUGUUCUGUGUUCUCCUGUGUAUUCCAGUGUUCUCCUCCAGUGUUCUCCUCCAGUGUUCUCCUCCAGUGUUCUCCCAUGUUGUUCUGUGUUCUCCAGUGCUCUCCUGUGUUCUCCUGUGUUUUCCUCCAGUGUCCUCCAGUGUUCUCCUCCAGUGUUGUCCUGUGUUCUCCUCCAGUGUUCUCCUCCAGUGUUCUCCAGUGUUCUCCAGUGUUAUCCUGUGGUCUCCAGUGUUCUCCUGUGUUCUUCAGCAUUCUCCAGCAUUCUCCUGUGUUCUCCAGUGUUCUCCCAUGUUGUUCUGUGUUCUCCAGUGCUCUCCUGUGUUCUCCUGUGUUUUCCUCCAGUGUCCUCCAGUGUUCUCCUCCAGUGUUGUCCUGUGUUCUCCUCCAGUGUUCUCCUCCAGUGUUCUCCAGUGUUCUCCAGUGUUCUCCUGUGUUCUCCAGCGUUCUUCUGUGUUCUCCAGUGUUCUCCUGUGUUGUUCUGUGUUCUCCUGUGUUCUCCCGUGCUGUCCUGUGUUCUCCAGUGUUCUCCUGUGUUCUUCAGCGUUCUCCAGUGUUCUCCUGUGUUCUUCAGUGUUCUCCCGUGUUGUUCUGUGUUCUCCUGUGUUGUUCUGUGUUCUCCUGUGUUCUCCUGUGUUCUCCUCCUGGUUUCUCUCCAUAGUCCUCAGGAUCAGUGUGAUUUCAGCUGGUUUGGUUCCGUUCUGAACAGCAACCAGUUGAAGAAUCAAACGUUGUUAAAGUCGUGUUCUGGUUCGGUCCAUGACAGGAACAGGAAGUGUUCAUCUGAGUGACCUCACCUGUCUGUCAGGUGACCAGGUGAGGACAGGUGAGUGUCUGGUGGAGGUGAUCAGAGGACUGUGGGCUGCAGUAAACCUGGUUCUUCAUCAGAACAGGCCUCCGCUGCUGCUCUGCAGCCCCUCCUCCCUCUCUACUGCCAUUGGUCGCUUCGUGGAUGUACACAGAUUCUGACCAAUCAGAUGCGGGUAUACAGACUAGGCCCACCCUGUUGUCAGAGUCGGAUUCCCG